AUGGCCCAAUACUAUCCGCAGCAGCAACCAUACGGAGCUCAGGCUUCUGCGCAAAACCUCCAGUUCUUCCCUUCAUCUUACAGCUCUCUAUCCGGACACACGACACCUUCUCAAGCAGCAUAUGGCGGCGGCUUCGGGACCCCCCCUUAUCCUGCUGCCCAGGCGUAUCCCGGGGGCGGGACCGGUGGCUACGGGGGUUUUGGAUCUCCGGCCGCAGGAGUGAGUGGGAGGAUGGGUGAGCAGGGUGGAUUAAGGACGGGAUGGCUGGCAGCGUUUGGGACAGAAGGGUAUGAAGGAGAGCCACCACUGUUGGAGGAGUUGGGCGUCAAUUUUGAGCACAUUCGGACAAAGACAUUGACUGUGUUGAACCCGUUCGCUCGAAUUGAUCAACACCUCAUGGACGAUAGCGAUCUCUACGGCGCCCUCCUUUACAUCGUCCUCUACGGAACCUUCCUCCUCCUCUCCGGUAAAGUCUUCUACGGCUACAUCUACGGCGUCGCAGUCUUCGGCACCGUCGCCCUACAUCUAAUCCUCAGUCUCAUGUCCCCUGCCCUUGAUACAUCCGCAAGCCCCAACGCAGCAGACCCAACCAACUACGACCCGCAUAGCAAGCCGGAGGGUUCCACCGCCGUUGGCCACUUCUCGGCGACUUUGACGUUCCCCCGCUCCGCGAGUGUGCUGGGAUACUGUUUCUUGCCUCUUGUGAUGACGAGCCUGAUUGGCAUCUUGGCACCCAUGGAUACUAUGUUCGGAUACUUGUUGACCACCGCUGCGGUGGGGUGGUGCACGUACAGCUCGUCGGGGAUGUUCUGUGCCGUGGCCAGGAUGCGCGGUAUGCGAGGACUGGUCGCAUAUCCGUUGGCGCUGUUUUACGUCGUCUUUGGAAUUAUGGGGAUUUUCUCGUCGAGGGGGAGUGGGACACUCGCUGCGAAGACCGGGACUGCUUAA